GAUCCUCUUGCCGGGUCUGUUACUAGCCAUGGCUACGCGCUGCUGGUGGCACUGGCCCGCGUGGCUUCGGACCCGACCGCCUCUCGCCAGGAGCCCCCUGAGCUCUCGCAGGCAGUUCUUCACACAAGAGCACAUCCCCCAGAUCUGUGUGGUAGGCAGUGGCCCAGCUGGCUUCUACACGGCCCAACACCUGCUAAAGCACCACACCUGGGCGCACGUGGACAUCUACGAGAAGCAGCUGGUGCCCUUUGGCCUGGUGCGCUUUGGUGUGGCGCCCGACCACCCUGAGGUGAAGAAUGUCAUCAAUACCUUUACCCAGACGGCCCGCUCUGACCGCUGUGCCUUCUGGGGCAACGUGGUGGUGGGCAGGGAUGUGAUGGUGCCGGAGCUGCGGGAGGCCUACCACGCCGUGGUGCUGAGCUAUGGGGCAGAGGACCAUCAGGCCCUGGGAAUUCCCGGGGAGGAGCUGCCUGGUGUGCUCUCGGCUCGGGCCUUUGUGGGCUGGUAUAACGGGCUUCCUGAGAACCGGGAGCUGAUGCCGGACCUGAGCUGCGACACAGCUGUGAUCCUGGGACAAGGGAACGUGGCUCUGGACGUGGCUCGGAUCCUGCUGACCCCACCUGAGCACCUGGAGAAAACAGACAUCACGGCGGCCUCCCUGCGGGUACUGAGGCAGAGUCGGGUGAAGACGGUGUGGAUAGUGGGCCGGCGUGGGCCCCUGCAAGUGGCCUUCACCAUUAAGGAGCUGCGGGAGAUGGUUCAGUUACCAGGAACCCGGCCCAUUUUGAACCCUGUGGAUUUCUUGGGCCUCCAGGACCGAAUCAAGGAGGUCCCUCGUCCGAGGAGGCGGCUGACGGAACUGCUGCUUCGAACAGCCACGGAGAAGCGGGGCCCGGAGGAGGCUGCCUGCCAGGAGUCCGCCUCCCGUGCCUGGGGCCUCCGCUUUUUCCGAAGCCCCCAGCAGGUGCUGCCCUCACCAGAUGGGCAGCGGACAGCAGGCAUCCGCCUGGCAGUCACCAAACUGGAGGGUGUCGGUGAGGCCGCCCGGGCAGUCCCCACAGGAGACAUGGAGGACCUCCGCUGUGGGCUGGUGCUGAGCAGUGUGGGGUAUAAGAGCCGCCCCAUCGACCCCAGCGUGCCCUUUGACCCCAAACUUGGGGUCAUCCCCAAUACAGAGGGUCGGGUUGUGGAUGUGCCAGGCCUUUACUGCAGUGGCUGGGUGAAGCGGGGGCCCACAGGCGUCCUUGGCACUACCAUGAACGACAGUUUCCUCACCGGCCAGGCGCUGCUGCAGGACCUUCAGGGGGGCCUGCUGCCCUCGGGCCCCAGGCCUGGCUAUGCGGCCAUCGAGGCUCUGCUCAGCGGCCGAGGGGUCCAGCCUGUCUCUUUCUCAGACUGGGAAAAGCUGGAUGCUGAGGAGGUGUCCCGGGGCCAGGGUGCUGGGAAGCCCCGGGAGAAGCUGGUGGACCCUCAGGAGAUGCUACAGCUGCUGGGGCGCUAA